AUGACCACCAUCACCACGCAGACGACCGUGGGUAUCGAAACCUUCGCUUUCAAAAGUGGCCAGGUCCAGGUAGAUGGCAUCCCGACCCCCGAAGAACCGGAUGUUCCGCUGCCGGCGCCCUCCAAGAACCUGACCGACAUCUUGGAUGUCGACAAGGGCACGCCGGAUAACCAUGUGCCGCGCGAUUCACGACUGAUUCGAUUGACGGGUGUGCAUCCGUUCAAUGUUGAGCCGCCGCUCACAACCCUGUUCAAAGAAGGCUUCCUCACACCUCCCGAGCUGUUCUAUGUUCGGAAUCAUGGGCCAGUACCCCAAGUCCGCGACGAGGAUAUUCCUAAUUGGGAAAUCAGCAUCGAAGGCUUGGUGGAAAAACCGGUAGUCCUCCCCUUUCGCGAAGUGCUACAGAAAUUCGAUCAAAUCACCGCUCCCAUCACCCUCGUAUGUGCCGGGAACAGGCGCAAAGAGCAAAACCUGGUCCGAAAAUCAAAAGGGUUUUCAUGGGGCCCUGCCGGUCUGUCGACGUCUCUUUUCACAGGGCCCAUGAUGGCCGAUAUCUUGCGCAGUGCGAAACCGCUGCGACGGGCAAAAUAUGUGUGUAUGGAAGGAGCAGACAAGUUGCCCAAUGGAUACUAUGGAACGUCAAUUAAAUUGAAUUGGGCCAUGGACCCGAACAGAGGAAUCAUGCUGGCUCAUAAGAUGAACGGCGAGGACCUUCGGCCGGAUCAUGGCCGCCCUCUGAGAGCGGUAGUGCCAGGCCAGAUUGGUGGACGUAGUGUCAAGUGGCUGAAGCGGCUGAUCUUGACGGAAGAACCGAGUGAUAACUGGUACCACAUUAAUGAUAACCGAGUAUUGCCGACCAUGGUCUCCCCGGAAAUGUCUGCGCAGGACCGCAAGUGGUGGCACGAUGAGCGGUACGCCAUCUACGAUCUCAAUGUCAACUCCGCCGCAGCAUAUCCACAGCAUGAAGAAGAGUUGGAUCUGGCGACAGCUGGGCCCACAUAUACUGUCAAGGGUUAUGCAUAUGCCGGUGGUGGUCGGAGAAUCACCAGAGUCGAAAUAUCUCUGGACAAAGGCAAAUCAUGGAGCCUUGCCGAUAUCGAAUAUGCGGAAGACAAAUAUCGCAAUUUCGAGGGCGAGUUGUUUGGCGGCAGGGUUGACAUGUGGUGGCGCGAAGCGUGUUUCUGCUGGUCCUUUUGGUCUCUCGACAUUCACGUCUCAGACUUGGAAAAAAGCGACGCAAUCCUUGUCCGAGCAAUGGAUGAAGCAAUGACUGCCCAACCACGCGACAUGUACUGGUCCGUCCUGGGGAUGAUGAACAAUCCCUGGUUCCGCGUCACGAUCACCAAGGAAGGGAACAGGCUGAAAUUCGAGCACCCGAGCCAUCCCGCCAAGUCUGGUGGGUGGAUGGAGCGGGUGAAAAAGGCUGGUGGAGAUUUGACCAACGGCAACUGGGGUGAGAGGAUCGAGGGCGAGGCUCCUGUCGAGCCAGAGCCGGAGAAAGAGGUCAACAUGAAGAAGGAAGGCCUAAGCAGACAGAUCGAUUUGCAAGAGUUCAAGGCAAAUAGCAGCAGCGAGAAACCGUGGUUUGUUGUGAAUGGUGAGGUAUAUGAUGGGACAGGUUUCCUCGAAGGCCACCCAGGAGGAGCUAUCAGUAUCACAUCGUCUGCUGGCCUGGAUGUCUCUGAGGAUUUCCUCGCAAUUCACAGCGAAACUGCCAAGGCAAUGAUGCCCGACUAUCACAUCGGCACUUUAGACCAAGCAUCCCUCGAGGCCCUCAAAAACAACUCCACCGAGACUUCAGACGAGCCGCGCGCCGUGUUCCUCCAAUCACGCGCAUGGACCAAGAUGACGCUCAUCGAGAAGAAAGACGUUUCGUGGGAUACGCGGGUCUUCGUGUUCCAGCUGGAGCACGAGAAGCAGGCACUGGGUCUGCCGAUAGGCCAGCAUCUCAUGAUCAAAGUUCCGGACGCGUCGCAGAAAAACGAGGCGAUCAUCCGGUCUUACACUCCAAUGUCCGACACGAGCCUGACAGGGCGCAUGGAGCUGCUAGUGAAGAUCUACUUUCCGACAGGCACGAUCCCAGGCGGCAAAAUGACCAUGGCGCUGGACCAGCUCUCUCUAGGCUCGCAGAUCGACUGCAAGGGUCCCACAGGCCGGUUCGAGUAUCUGGGCAACGGCCGGGUUCUCAUCAGCGGCAAGGAGAGGCAGGUCCGCUCGUUCAAGAUGAUCUGUGGUGGCACAGGGAUUACGCCCAUCUUCCAGGUAUUGCGCGCUGUUAUGCAGGAUCCUGCGGAUCCCACAAUGUGUACGGUACUCGAUGGAAAUCGACUGGAAGAAGAUAUUCUAUGUCGGGCUGAGCUGGAUGCGUUUGUCGCGGCAGAUGGUCGCAGAUGCACUGUCGUUCAUACCCUGACCAAGGGCUCUGAUGGUUGGACGGGUCGCAGGGGACGUAUCUCGGAAGAGCUGCUCGCAGAAUAUACGCCGCCAGGAGAUCAGAGUAUGGUGCUGCUUUGUGGACCCGAGGCGAUGGAGAAAUCCGCUCGCAAGAUUCUUGUUGCCAAAGGUUGGGCCGAGUCGGACCUUCAUUCCUUCUAA